AUGGCAGUAAAUCUGUGUACAAAUAUAGGUGAAAAGCUUUACUGGGGCGGUACAUUAAACGACUUAAAAGAAUUUGUGUCAAAUGAAUUGAAACUUUCAGGCGGAUGGACGUCGCCUGGUGGUGAAGUCAAGCUGUUCAUUAGUGAUACAGCCAAUGUGAGUUUGAAAUGGCACAGUAAAACCACGAAAUCGAUUACCCUGUUUGGAGAUUCAAUAGAAACAAAAGAUCUAUGUAAGUUACUAUCGACUAUGUGUAAAGAAACGCCCGAAAAUCUGGUUAACGAUGCUGUUAAAUGCCAAGGCUUCGAUGAUUUCAAACAGCAAAUGUUGGAAUUCACUGAAAACACGAACACGACAAUGGAAAGCCUUAGAACUGAGGUGAAUCAAUUAAAAUUUAAAGUUAAUCCGUUGCUUACUUCAGAGAAGGUCGUUGAUGAGCUAAGGAACUACAAACUAAGUCUCAUGAAAGAAAACUCUGAGUUGCGCGACAGUACAGCAACAGGAUGUCGAACAAAAUCGAACCACCACUCAAAAACGCCUUGGAGAAUGGAAAACAACGUCGGUCCCGAAGAACAAAGACAAUCAAGCAUCUGCUACAUUGAACUUGCAGAAUAG